GGCAAAUGUGGGGAGGAUGUUGGCCCUCUUUCAGCUUUAGAUAUUUCUGUGGCAGGAUGAUAGGAGGCUCCUGCCAGUAGAAUAAGGUCCUGUUGGUCCUGAAGGUACACCUUUCUGGAAGAAGAGUUUCUGAGGCCCUUUGGCCGGUACAGGAUGAAGGAUGCCCCGGCCGGCCGGGCUUUGUACCUUUGUAGGAAGUUGCUUUGCGAUAGGCCUACGGAGAGCAAACCCACAAGUCGGAGUCAGUGAUGAGAAUGGUGUUCUUUCUAACCCUUUCCGGUGGAGGCCAGAAGAAGCAAAGCCAUCCUAUGGAGGGGCAGGAACAACUGAUAGCUAAUUGCUUCUUUAAUUUCCCCUAAUUGAAAAUUCCUUCAGAACAAGAACCGCUUUCACUUUCUGUUUUCCCCCCACAUGGUCUGGGUCAACGGGUAAAGCAGACCCACAACAAUACUUGUUGGUUCACUGGUGAUUUAUUAGCUGAGGGCAGUUUCUGGGCACUUUUCCCAAACAUCAGUCACCCUACUUUGAAAAGUAGGAGCUUUUGCCAAGGAGGCUUGGUUGUUUUGAGAAAGCAGGGUGUUAUUUGUUGACUAGCUGUGUAGACAGACCAAACAUUAGCUCCGGGCACUGCAAAGGUUUCAGGAGUCCAAGUUGGUAUCCUCCAGCCUAGGAUACAGGGUGUUUCUGUGGCCUGGGACUGGUGAGUACCAACAAGUCCUGCUCAAUGCCACCCAUCAGUUUCCAAGACCUUCCCCUCAACAUCUACAUGGUCAUCUUCGGCACCGGCAUCUUCGUCUUCAUGCUCAGCCUCAUCUUCUGCUGCUACUUCAUCAGCAAACUCCGGAACCAGGCACAGAGUGAGCGAUAUGGCUACAAGGAGGUAGUGCUUAAAGGUGAUGCUAAGAAGUUACAGCUCUACGGGCAAACCUGUGCAGUUUGUCUGGAAGACUUCAAGGGGAAGGAUGAACUAGGCGUGCUUCCGUGCCAGCACGCCUUUCACCGCAAGUGUCUGGUCAAGUGGCUGGAAGUACGGUGCGUCUGCCCCAUGUGCAACAAGCCCAUCGCUGGCCCCACGGAGACCUCGCAGAGCAUCGGCAUCCUGCUGGAUGAACUGGUAUAAGCACUCCUUGCGCAUGGGCGCUGGAGAACGCUGCUUACCGCGAGGGCACCUGGGAGUUCCUCUACACAACGAAUAAGACUCACACUCACCUAAAGGCAAAGAUGACAGAGCUCAGCUUCUACCAGCACCCGCUGGACCCAUACCAGACUUGUCCAGUCUCUGCCCCCAGGGCUUCUCUCCGUUAUCCAUUUCCAAUGGCCUCAUCCAGGUGGACUACUCUAUCCUGGUACUGGACUGACUAUCGAUCCACCUCCACCCACCGCAUCUUUGCCCCGGGAAGGAGUCAACUCUGAGACUGUGAACGUGGGCACUUCCCUUUGGAGAACAAGCGACUCUGACCUUGAAAGGGUGAGGUGGCUCUGCCUCACCUGCACCCUUCAGUCCUGCCAGAGCCUUCCAUGGGAUGGUUUCCGAAGGAAAGGAAAGAUGGAGAAACCAAGAUGAAAGGCUCUGUAUUGAAGUAACGGGAAGACAGGGACCUAAAGGGACAAGUCAAUGUUUACAUGGGGUGUCAGAAACAAAGGCCGGCUCGUCCUGGCUGACUGCAGGGGGAUGGGACCAACCCUCCCCUGUUAGGAUCUGAGGUGCUAUUCAUUCUCUUCCCUGGUCCUGCUCCAUCUCAGAGCCUUCUAGUCAUCAUUGGUUUUGAAGAGACCCCUCGCUAUAGGAAGGGUUCUAAUCCUCAAGCCCAUUUUCAGGGGCUUUUGUUAGAAGCAAAACGGGGCCAUCGGGAUGGGGAUGGUUGGGGGAGGGUACAGUAGUGCGGAUGUCUGCUUUCCCCCCGCUGUAAAUAGUAUUUUUAUACUUCAUCUUCACCAUCUCAGGCUUUAUACGUGCAGCCCCUCAGGAUGGGAGGGGGAAAAGUGUCCCCUCCCCCCCUGAGCAGGGCGGCUGAGAGUGGGAAAAAGGUUAUGUAUUUAAAGAAAAUUAAAUUUAAUAACAUGUUUCUCUAAUCACA